ACUCGAGUUCGAAAGUGGCCCCAAUUCGGGUCCUGCCAUUCGAACUUCUUAUUGAUUUUCUCACAGUGCUGACAUAAUUUCCUUGCCAUCGAGGGCAGUCGUGUGUUUACCUAUCGUGUUCCGCUUAAAAUUGGACAAACGGAAUUAAAAUUUCGGUUGUGGAGUUACGGGAAAAGACGACAAAAUUGCACACCUACUGGAAAACCCCCUGCAUCAAGGCAACGGUGGAACGGCGGACCGUUUGGGCGUAGACUUCGAGUUCUACAUGGCCUCGAAGGUACAUCCGAGUCCGGGGGCGGCGCGCAGUGUGUGGGCGCUGCCGCUGACCGCCUCCUCCUCCUGCAACAUGGUCGUGGCGGAGGAGGAUGGCCAUGCCCAUGCCGACGAUAUUCACCUGGAUCACCGUCCGCACUCGCCUCCGUUAACAGGUCGCGGGGCGGGAGGUGAACAUGGGGGAGGGGGUGUGGAGGACCACGAGAACGUGCUCCUUUUCGAAGGAUUGGAUGGUGCGACCACCGUAAAUCUGGACGACAUAUUCGACAUUAUCAAGAACGGCGAGGUCAGCGAGGUGGAGAACCUGGUGGACAAGUUCGGCAUGGAGUGCCUGUCGGCUAGGGAUCGCCAUGGCUACACACCAGCCCACUGGAUAGCUCUCAACGGGAAUGUCCAGUUGAUGAGGUACCUCAUAGAACGAACUGCUCCCAUUGAUCUGCCAUGUUUGGGAACGCAGGGUCCAAGACCCAUUCAUUGGGCCUGCAGGAAAGGACACGCCUCCGUGGUCCAGGUGCUCCUCCAGGCAGGAGUGGCAGUUAAUGCGGCGGAUUUCAAGGGCUUGACUCCGCUUCACUUGGCAUGUAUGUACGGUCGGACAGCCACGGCAGCCUAUCUCCUGGGAAUGGGAGCUCUGAAUAAUCUUACGGAUAUCAACGGCGAUACCGCUCUGCACUGGGCGGCGUACAAGGGCCAUGCGGAUCUGAUGCGACUGCUGAUGUACUCUGGCGUGGAGCUGCAAAAGACGGACAAUUUUGGGUCCACACCAUUGCAUCUGGCCUGCCUCUCGGGCAACAUGACCUGUGUACGCCUGCUGUGCGAGAAAUCCCAGCUGGAUCUGGAACCGAGGGACAAGAACGGAAAGACCCCAAUCAUGCUGGCCCAGGCUCAUCAGCACCAGGAUGUGGUGCGUCUGCUCUACGGCGAAGUGAAAAAGAAGUCUCGCUGGAUUCCCUCGGUUUCGGAGAGCUGGGGCUGGCUGUUCGGCGGAGCCGGGGACUCCAAGGGACCGCUGUUCCUGUUCCUCUUUUCGGUGCUGCUGUGGGGUUACCCCAUGUACAUGAUUCGUGCGAUUCCCAUCACCUGGAACAUAUUGAGACGCUCGCACUACUGCUUUAUCUACUGGAACGCUGUGAUGUGGAUCAGCUGGGCCAUCGCCAACCGAAGGGAUCCCGGCUACAUACCGCUCAGCUCGGAUGCCUACUACCGAGCCAUCAAGCAGAUCCCUUACUUCGACAAGCUCAAGAAGCGGAACGUGAUGCUCACCAGGUUGUGCCACAGUUGCAGGUGCCUCCGGCCGCUGAGGGCCAAGCACUGCCGCGUAUGCAAUCGGUGCGUCUCUUACUUUGACCACCACUGUCCCUUCAUCUACAACUGCGUGGGACUGCGCAACAGGAUGUGGUUCUUCCUGUUCGUCUUGUCGGUGGCCGUCAAUUGCUCAUUUACGAUCUACUUUGCUUGCUACUGCGUGAUGAUCGAGGGAUUCACGAUGCUUUAUGUGCUGGGACUCAUCGAGGCGGUUGUGUUUUGCGGACUGGGUUGGAUUCUCACCUGUACUUCGAUCCUUCACGCCUGCAUGAACCUCACCACGAACGAGAUGUUCAACUACAAGAGAUAUCCCUAUCUGCGGGACAAGCGAGGUCGCUACCAGAAUCCCUUCUCGCGCGGCCCCAUCCUGAACUUGCUCGAGUUCUUCGUCUGCCUGCCGGAUCGGGGCGAUGACAACGAUCUUCUGCUGGAGGAUAACAUUUGAUUAAGGAUCUAGGAUCGCGCCCCCGCCCGCCGGCGCAAGUUGCCCGUGCGUGGAUAAUGAUGUGAGGAGGCAGCCGGAGACCCACUCGGGUAGGCUGCCAGUUUGGUUUUGCUCCGCAGGCUUUGUGCUUACUCGAAUGCUUUAAAGUUCGGACCGAAAGUCAGCAAGUGCGUGUUUUAUCAUCUCAAGUUGCAAUAUAUCAGUGUGGAGGGAAAAUUGAUUAAGAUUCGUUGUCUGCUGUAAGGUGAACAUAAAACUGGCCCAACUUAAGGCCAAUUUGCGUACUCUGAAUUGCACAAUCAAAAGCAGUAAUUAAUUUCAAAGCUAAGACUUUAUAAUCUAAGGAACCAACAUUUUGCCCAUCGCACUGGUUUACAAGUAUCGGCCUGCCGAUCCUUUCGCUUUUCCAACUCGUUACCUUCUAGCCUUUGGAUAAGAAUACGCUUCUCUUGUUAGUUUUUGUACAAAAUUGUUAUGUAUAAAAUGUGUUAUUUAAUGAUCUCUAUAUUAUAUACCUACUAUAAUAAUAAAUGGUGUAAAAGUUCACUAAAUGGCUGGGCAGGGGAAGCCAAUCGCGA